GAUUUCCUUUAAUUUCACUGUUUUGUGUGUGAAUACAUACAUAUGUCUCUACAUGUAUAAACAAACAUUUUCUCUCCGAAAAUUAAAAUUAAUAUUAACUAAAAGAAAAGGCAAGCAGUGACCGUUUCGCAAAAUCUCCGUUCUCCAUGUUUGCUCUUUUCAGAGAUGGUCACUGGGAGCAACAUAGAGAUGCUACUGAGCCUAGAUGAUCGUCUGCAAGGGCCCAGUGGCAAUUUAGAGGAUAAUUUGCAGAAUGAGCUAGAAUUAAUACUGCAAUCGCAGCAAAAUCAGCGCGUAAUUGAUCGAGAUAGGAAUCUCAAUAUAUUUAGGAGUGGAAGCGCUCCACCAACUGUUGAGGGAUCAUUAAGUGCUGUGGGUAGUCUUUUGAGGAACUCCAAUUUUAGUGACAUUAAUAGCAUUAGUAAUAACAGCGGUAAUAAUUUAGUUCUUUCUGAUGAUGAGAUUCGCUCGCAUCCAGCAUACCUUUCCUAUUAUUAUUCUCAUGAUAACAUAAAUCCGAGACUACCUCCACCAUUGUUGUCGAAGGAGGACUGGCGUGUUGCCCAAAGGUUUCAGGCUGGUGGGGCUUUGAGAGGAGGCAGUGGGGACUUGAGGAAGAAGAAGUUGGUUGAUGAGGGCAAUGGUUCAUCACUUUUUUCAAUGCAGCCAGGGCUUUCUGUACAGAAGCUGGAGACUGAUUUGAUGGAAUUAAGGAAUCCCAAUAGAAGUAAUUUCUCUAUGCAGAACUCAGCUGAGUGGCUUGAUAGGGGCUCAGGUGGUUUAACUGGAUUGCAGGGUGCUGGGAUUGGUGGGAGGAGGAAGAGUUUUGCUGACAUUGUUCAGGAAGGAAGUGAUAGACCCGCAUCUUUAUCAGGCCAUCUAUCAAGCCCAGCUAGUCAUAAUGCCUUUGGUGAUCUUGUGGGCACAAUGGGGAUGUGUGAUCCAUAUCAACCUGGUUUAUGUGGGGGACUGGAUUCCUUAGAGGGCUUGGGUUCUGGAUCUGCUUCUCUUGGAAUGGUAAGAGUUCAAAGCCAUGGAUCAGCUGUUUCUCAUUCUUUCUCAUCUGCGCUCGGUUCAUCGCUGUCAAGAAGUACAACACCUGAACAGAAGCUAGUUGGGAGGUCUCCUAGUCCUGGUCUUCCCCCUUUGGGGAGCAGAGUUGCCCCACUUGAGAAAAGGAAUGUUGUUGGUUCGACUAACCAAAAUGGUCAUUCUUCUGGCAUAAAUGAACUUGGUGAAAUUGCAGCUACAUUGUCUGGUUUAAACCUGUCAAAUAUUAGGCAUGCUGAGCAGGAUGGUCAUGUACAUCUGAACAAGCAGCCAGAUUUCCUCUUCAACACGUCCAACGGUCAUAAUCAUCUGCAGCAACAACUCAUACAAAUGUCCAAUGCAGAAAAUCUCUCAUUCUCUUCCAACUACAUUGAUGUAGCAAGAAAAAAUGGGGGCUUGCCAAACCUUAAUGCUUCUGAAUUUAUUUCUCAUGGGGAAGUUAGUAUUCCCAAAAGAACUACUUUUGCAAACCUUCACUCAAAAUCCUCUGGCUUUGGAGGUUUGGAAAGAUCAGAUGGUCAUAAUCAAAAUGCAAAAGUUCCAGCUUUAGGUGGUAGUGGAAUCAGACACAGUUUGAAUAGAGAAGGAAAUCAAACAGGGACUGAUUUUCAUUUUCCUGUUAUGGACGCACGCUAUAUUCAGUACUUGCAAAGAACUUCUGACUAUGCAACACAUGCAAAUGGUCCUCAGGUUAGAAACUGUUUUCCAACUUCACAUGGAGACCUAGAUGGGAUUCAGAAAGCAUACCUUGAAGCGUUGCUUGCUCAACAAAACCAACUAUACGAGACUGCAGUAGUUAAGUCUGGCAAUUUGAAUCAGGAGCACCACAUGAAUUCAUCAUAUGGUCUUGGCAUGCCACAUUUGGGGAAUUCAAUGGCAAACUCUAUGCUUAUUCCUUCUGUUGGAUCUGGAAGUUUUCAGGAUGAGCGAGUUGCACACUUAACUUCUAUGGUGAGAAACUCAAUGGGAGGAUCUAUUGGGCCCUGGCACUCUGAUGUUGGGAACAAUGUGGAAAGAAGAUAUGUCUCAUCAGUAUUAGAUGAGUUCAAGAACAACAAGACCAGGUCUUUUGAUCUGUCAGACAUUGUUGAUCAUGUUGUUGAAUUCAGUAUGGAUCAGUAUGGAAGUCGCUUUAUUCAGCAGAAACUAGAAACUGCCACAGUGGAAGAAAAGAACAAGAUAUUUCCUGAAGUUGUACCACAUGCUCGGACCUUGAUGACGGAUGUAUUUGGAAAUUACGUCAUACAGAAAUUUUUUGAACAUGGCACAGAAUGUCAAAGAACAGAGUUAGCCAGCCAGCUUACUGGUCAUGUUUUACCUCUCAGCCUUCAAAUGUAUGGGUGCAGGGUAAUUCAGAAGGCCUUGGAGGUGGUUGAUGUGGAUCAGCAGACUCAGAUGGUAGCAGAGCUUGACGGUUCUGUUAUGAAAUGUGUUCGUGAUCAGAAUGGUAAUCAUGUUAUUCAAAAGUGUAUAGAGUGUGUACCUGAAGAUCGAAUUCAGUUUAUUAUCUCAGCUUUCUAUGGACAAGUUGUGGCACUUUCCACUCAUCCUUAUGGUUGUCGCGUCAUUCAGAGGGUCCUGGAACACUGUGAGAACAUGAAAACCCAGCAACUUAUUAUGGAUGAGAUUAUGCAAUCUGUUUGCAUUCUGGCACAAGAUCAGUAUGGGAAUUAUGUUAUUCAGCAUGUAAUUGAACAUGGAAAACCAAACGAACGAUCUGCUAUUAUUAGCAAGCUUGCUGGACAAAUUGUAAAGAUGAGUCAGCAGAAAUUUGCUUCUAAUGUUGUGGAGAAGUGCCUAACUUUUGGGGGUCCUGAGGAGCGUCAAAUUUUGGUGAAUGAGAUGCUUGGUUCCACAGACGAAAAUGAGCCCUUGCAGGCCAUGAUGAAAGAUCCAUUUGGAAAUUAUGUUGUGCAAAAAGUUCUGGAGACAUGUGAUGAUCAGAAUCUUGAGUUAAUUCUUUCUCGUAUCAGACUUCACUUAAAUGCCUUGAAGCGGUACACUUUUGGUAAACAUAUAGUUUCUCGUGUUGAGAAACUCAUCACCACUGGAGAAAGACGCAUAGGACUCUCAUCCUCGUUAUCCUCAUAAGGUACUUUAACUAGUAACGUGGAAGGAAAAGAGGACAUACUUUCUGUACAGGUAACAAUGGAAGGCGAUUUUCACAAAGUUUGUCGUCUCAUCUUUAUUUUUAUGCAAAUAUUAUAAUUGUAAAUAAACACUAUUUUCAAGCCUACAUAAUAAGAUCCUAAUGUUAAUAUUCUUAUUGUA